UUUAUUAUUAGUUAUUUUAAGCAAAUAAAAAGAACCAAUUGUGGUACCUUUUGGCGUAAUAAAAUCAAUUCUCGUACCCAUCUCUCUUCGCAUUCCGCGUUGCUGCAAAGCAUCCUUCACCUCUCUGUCUCUCUGCGGUUUCUGCUACAUCAACUUUUCUUCUUCAAAGGGAGGAUCAAGGUAGCGAAGGAAAAAUGGGGUUAACAUUCACGAAGCUUUUCAGUCGGUUAUUUGCGAAGAAGGAAAUGAGAAUUUUGAUGGUGGGUCUCGAUGCUGCUGGUAAGACCACUAUCCUCUACAAGCUCAAGCUGGGAGAGAUUGUCACUACUAUCCCUACCAUUGGGUUCAAUGUUGAGACUGUGGAAUACAAGAACAUUAGCUUCACUGUUUGGGAUGUCGGAGGCCAGGACAAGAUUCGUCCCUUGUGGAGGCACUACUUCCAGAACACUCAGGGUCUUAUAUUUGUUGUUGACAGCAAUGACAGGGACAGAGUUGUUGAGGCCAGAGACGAGCUACAUAGAAUGUUGAAUGAGGAUGAACUGAGAGAUGCAGUAUUGCUUGUGUUUGCCAACAAACAAGAUCUUCCCAAUGCAAUGAAUGCUGCUGAGAUUACUGACAAGCUGGGUCUCCACUCUCUCAGACAGCGCCACUGGUACAUUCAGAGCACUUGUGCAACCUCUGGGGAGGGUCUUUAUGAAGGUUUGGACUGGCUUUCCAACAAUAUUGCCAAUAAGGCAUAAUGCUCUUUUGGGAGUCUAUUGGAUCAGUAUUUUUGGAUGCAGGGGUGAAUAUUAUCUAGCUUUUAUGAGUCCUCUUCCGAAACAACUUGAAUUUAUGUUCAUGUAUUAUGAUUUAGGACAUAUUGGUGGCUACAAUUGUAGUAGGAAUUUGUUUCAUGGGAUGUUUAAUAUUUUGAGCUUUCUAAUAUGGGUUUGGAUGCAAAGCCUUCAACUGUAAUGGAGAUACUAAUUCUAUGCGCCAUCAGGUUCUGAUUUA